AUGUUCAGUCGUAUAAUCCGCAUCGUCCCUAAACCAAUUCUACGUCGUACAGACGGCCGUUCGUUAUCCCGGCGUCAGCAAUCAUCGUUGGCACUGGUGUCGACUGCAGCUUCCAAGCCUAAUUUAUCUCAGAUAUCUCGCAUUCAUUAUCACCCGCAACUUUCAACAUCGACUGUGACUUUGCUGCACCCAGUCCUUCACAGAUCGUUCCAUUCGACUCCUCCCAACAAUGGUGGCCCACUGAUACCCAUCUUGGCAUCGUUUCUCAAGGCACGAGCGCCCCGUUCCGCACAUCUAUGCACCGUCACUAAAGCUUCGGCAGGCUUUGAGCUUGCCCGCGUCGCGAGUCGCAUCGCCCUCACAUUCAUUCCAUUUCUAUGGUUCAAUAAUGUUAGGUCUCACAAAAUGAUUAAAUACGCUGCCCUGCACGGCUUUCCUUUGUCGGAGGAGAAACAGAUGAAGCACAUGAAGAAGAUACGCAGGAGGACGAUGAUGCUCCAAUUUCUGCUCUUCGUGCCCUUUGUGCUGUUCUGGGCCACGAUCACAGCCAGCCUCGAGAAAACACCAUUGACUGGACGAUGGCGCAUGAUCCUACUUUCCCCAGAGGAAGAAGACGAGAUAGCAGCGAAAUUGGCGGGCCCUGGGUGGUACAACGCCGUUGGAGACAUUCUCGCUGAGCAGGGUUCACCAAAGGCUAUUCCACCGAGCGACUGGAGGUAUCAAUGGGUUAAUGAUACGCUUCGCCGCCUGGAAUCCAGCAUUCCCAUCCUUUCUCGAGAACCAGAGUUGUGUCCGAAAUGGAUGGAAGGUGGUGAAGAUUCUAAACCUUUACCUCCGCCUGCGAAAUUUCCCCUUCGCCCUCGCCCUCGAGCCUCAGAAUACAUUCAUUGGGCUUGCAUGAAGAUGUGCAAUAAGGAUGACGUAGCAGCUUUUCCUCCCAUGGGACCUAUACCUGGAGUACCUUACUCUUUGCUCGUUGUUGAGAACCCAGAACAAUCGAACGCUUUCUCAUACGGCUUCGGCCCUGAUGGAGGCAGUGGCAUCGUGGUAUAUACUGGAUUCCUGGAUGAGAUCUUUGCUCGCCAUCCCCAAGAAUGUCAGUCAACACCGCCCCCUGCCCCAAAAUCAUCUUGGAGCUCGGUCUUCAGAAGCCUAUUUUCCAGUUCGCCGCCUCCACCUCCCCAUCCAAUCCCGACAUCAGAACAGACAGCGGAGCUGGCAAUUCUGCUUGCCCACGAGAUGGCCCAUCUUUUACUAUCUCACCAUUUAGAAAGUCUGUCGUCCGUUAACAUCAUCAUACCAGGCACACUUUCGAUCAUGUCCGAUAUACUGCGGGUGCUUAUUUUCCCUAUCACCAUGUUGUUUGGUCCCUUUGUCAACGAUGCUGUUGCGCAGAUUGGCAAAGUUGGUUCAGGGGAGCUGCUCAAAAUAUCUGAAUAUUGUAGCAGCACGCAUCAAGAAAUUGAAGCUGACGUUGUAUCCGCCAGACUUCUGGCACACGCUGGUUUUGAUGCGCGAGACGCUAUAAAAUUUUGGGAGCAUAGAUCGGGAGAGGAAGCGGAGUGUGCAAAACCAGGCAAACAUGAACUUCCGGACAGCACCAGCACCAGUUCAAGGGUUGCCAGGCAAAUCAUGGGUGACCACAGUACCCAUCCAGUCAACGAGCUGCGGGUGAAUAGCCUUAAAGAGGAGCUUGCGCGAUGGGAAUCUGAAAGGCAGAAAGCAGUCACUCGAUUAUCGUCGUCCUCGCCGCCCUAA